UCUCGCGACAGGGGGCAGUUUUUGACCGCAGAUGCUCUGUUCUUCUUCUACAAAACCUCUGCUCCUUCGUUGCAGAAGCCUCAGCGCAGCUCUCGCCUCUUCUUCUUCCCCUGCUUCUUCUGCUCUGCCUCUUCCCAAUCCCUUCUCCCCUCCGGUCCCCGAGCAAACCCUUCUCUUCUCUCGCUCGAUCUCGCCGCCGUUCUUCCCCGAGUCCGGUUCGUCGAUCAAGUCGCCGCCUUUCGGUUCCUCGCCCUCGCCCUGUUGUCGUCGGAGCUUCGUCUCGCGUGAUCGGAGAUCGGGCCGUGCCAUGGCGAGCCAAUCCUCGAAGGGGUCGAUCUACGACUUCACCGUGAAGGAUGCUCGGGGAAAUGAUGUUGAUCUCAGUAGCUACAAGGGCAAGGUCUUGCUGAUUGUCAACGUUGCUUCGCAGUGUGGACUGACCAACUCAAAUUACACCGAACUCAGUCAGGUCUACGAGAAAUACAAGAAUCAAGGUUUGGAGAUAUUAGCAUUCCCGUGCAACCAGUUUGGAGCUCAGGAGCCGGGGACAAAUGAGGAGAUCGUACAAUUUGCUUGCACCCGAUUCAAGGCUGAAUAUCCCAUUUUCGAUAAGGUUGAUGUGAAUGGUGAUAAUGCCGCUCCUCUCUACAAGUUCCUGAAAUCAAGCAAGGGCGGACUCUUUGGGGAUAACAUUAAGUGGAACUUCUCCAAGUUCCUCAUCGAUAAAGAAGGAAAUGUCGUUGAUCGCUAUGCGCCCACUACUUCUCCUCUUAGCAUUGAGAAGGACAUCAAGAAACUGUUGGGGGUGGCCUGAGCACUGGAACUUCUUCUCCCCAGUAAGGAUGAGAAGUAAUCUGAAAAAUAAGCAUCCUCUUGACUCAUCAUGAGGAUACAUCUAGAUGUCUUCUUCUCAUGUUAUGUUGUUGGAACUUUUACUGCGUUAAUAAUGUAAAAAGAAUGUGUGCUUGUCAAUAAAUCCAGCUUCCGGUUUCUUAC